UGAAUGUGAAUGGGAGGUGCUUGAUCGUAGUCCUCGAACAUACAACGCCCUCAAUCAGAUCGUGACGAGUAGACAGUUCACUUCCCUUCUCACCUCGACAUUCUACGUUUUGCCCAUCAUGGCUGAACAGGACUCCUUCCUCCACCUCACGCGGCCGCUGGGUCCUGCUGCAGUGGGCGCACAGCCAACAACUGCUCCUCUGAAAGUUGUGAUACAACCACAGGCCCUAUUCUCAAUUCUUGACCAUUGUAUUCGCCGACCGCCUGACCAACAACGAGUCAUUGGCACUCUUCUCGGAACCCGAUCAGAUGCAGACGAAUCUCAAGUCGUUGUACAUUCCUCUUUCGCAGUCAGCCACACCGAGACGACAGACCAAGUCGAGGUGGAUAUGGAAUAUCAAAAGGCGAUGCUAGCAUUACAUCUACGAGCAAACCCCAAGGAGGUUUUGGUAGGCUGGUAUGCGACCAGUUCGGAAUUGAACACAUUCUCCGCCUUGAUCCAAAACCACUACAGCAGCCAGGGGGAAGGCACAUACCCAUAUCCUGCAGUGCACAUCACCGUUUCGUCACAACCUGGCCAAGAUGUCGAGGUCAGAACAUAUAUUUCGGCUUCAGUGGGCGUCAGCCCAGAACGAGCCGCCGACUCUGCCGCAUUCGUUCCUGUCCCGUACAGCAUCAAUUACACCGAGGCCGAGCACUCCGGAGUGGAAGCUUUGGAGCAGGCCAAAGAUACCGAAGACCGAAAGGCGACGGUUCUUACGGAUAUUGAAAGUCUGGAGCGUUCCUUGGAAGAUACUCUAGGAAUGUUGGACCGAGUCGGCAAAUACGUGGAAAAUGUGAUCGAGGAGGAGGAAGAGCCAUCCACAGCCUUGGGUCAAUUCCUGCUCAAUACCCUCGCACUUGCACCGAAGGUCGAGCCUGCGGAGAUCGAGAAAGACUUCAACAACCACAUCCAAGACGUUUUGACAGUUUCAUACCUUGCGAACAUGAUCCGGACACAAAUGGAUUUGUCUAACAGAUUAGCCACGGCACAAUUGACGAUGGGCAGCGGCGAGAAUGCAAAUGCAGCUUCGACGGACAACAAAGGCGGACAGAGACAAAACAGGGGAGACAGAGGAGACAGAGGAGACAGAGGAGACAGAGGAGAUCGACAAGGAGGGCAAACAAGGCAGAACCGGGCAGAGAGCGUAUCACUGUCGGCUAUGUGAAGAACGUUACGAAAAAGUAUCAUGCUUUAUUGUUUCGAGCUGUUGCUGAGACAUUGAUGAUGGACUUCAGCAUGGAUCUCUCGCUACCCAGCCGCCUGGCUAAGUGCAAUGAAGCCUAAGAAAAUGCGGCGCCUGGGGUCGGUAAAAGUGCAUUGUAUGCACAUAUGAUUGUGGCUACCGGAUAAAAGAUGCUGUCCAGGGCGGUAGUCGUUGCAGUACGAGCAGCGGUGGGGAGAUUGUUGGCCCUCAUAUGCUCAGGCAGCGUAUGCUGU